AUGUAUGAAAAAUCAAAUUGGACAGAAUUGACUACACCAUGGGAUACAUUAAUCGAUUGUAUAAUGGUAGAAGAAGGUCAUCCAAAUGCAAGUAUAUUCAUGUGUGGAGUUGCAAAAGUCUAUGGAAGUUUAAUGGGUUAUAUAUUUCCAUUUAUUGGUACACUUGGAUUGAUUACUAAUUCAAUUGUUGCUUUAAUAUUUCUGAUUAUAAUUCGUCAAGUAAAUAGACAAUUCACAUUCUUAGGAUUUCUAGCAAUAUCAGACAUUACAAUUAAUAUCUUUAUGGGUUGGUUAUGGCUUUUCCCUACCUAUGGUUUACCAUUUAUAACUUCAGGUAAUAUAUAUUACUUUUUAAUGACUAAAUCAAGUAUUAUUUGUCGUUUAUUUAAAUUUUUUCAAUAUUUCUGUUGUAUUCUUCGAGGAAAUAUCUAUGUAGUAUUGGCAAUUGAUCGUUUACUUUUUAUGCAUAAACCUCUAAUAUACAAUAAUCUACCAGGUUAUUUCACUGUAGUACUUAUAUUUCUAAUCUUUAUUAUUACGUUUUUAAUGUCAUUACCAAUUACAAUAUUCACCGAUUUAAUAUCCGCUUAUGGGCUUUACACAUGUUGGUUCAGUGAUCAUGGUAGGUUACUUUCAUUUUAUCAAAUUUUAUUUUCAAAUUCAUGUCUAGUACAAAUAACACUAGUCACUAUGUUCGAUGUAUUCUUUUUAGUGAAAGUGAUAAAUUGGUCACAUAAUCGUCCUACAGGAAAUGAAACAAAUUCUAAACAAAAAGGGAAUAUUUCACCAAUAAUUACUCUUCUUGUUUUAAAUAUUUUUUCUUUUCUAUUUGCAGCACCUAGUGGAGUAGUUUACAUGAUUUUGACAACAAUUACUGAUUCAAGUAUAGAAUAUACUCGUCUAUUAACUUUUUUUAUUCAUAUUUCAUGGAUUUUAAUCUUCUUACAAUCAUCAUUAAAUAUCUUAUUGUAUUUCAGUCGUAUUAACAAGUUUCGUCAAAUUCUAUUUCAGUUGAUCUCUUUUCAUUGUGUUACAAUAUCAAAUGUUGAAAGAAGUUCAACAGCUUAA